AUGAUUAUACUCGAAUUUUUGAUAAUAUCUAAAAUUGAUGAAGAAAUCAAAAUGUUAAACGGCAAAGCAGGGGAUCUUCCUUAUCAAGUAGUCUAUGCAACAAGUAAUGCUGCAAGAUCAACUGCAGUAAACAUUUGCACAAAUUCUGCUUACGAAGAUGGAUGGAUGUCCGCUCCAAAUUCAUUUUAUCCGCAAGAAUUAAUUCUCGACUUUCAUCGCUCUGUUUGCGCAACAGAAAUCAAAAUAAUUUCACAUCAAUAUGCUAUUCCAAAAGAAGUUUUCUUUGAAAUUGCAGAUGAUAUAUUACCAUGGAAACGCGCCACUUUUAACCCAAUAUCUUCAACUAAAUUUACCGACAACAAAGAAAGACAAUAUAAAGCGCGAGAAAUGAGAUCAGCAACACUUCCAGGAAUUCAUUUUCGUUUUCUCAAACUAAAGAUAACAGGCGCGUUUCAAAAUCCACAAAAUACAAAGAACCAAGUCGGAAUAGUUUCAUUUACUGUAAAUGGAACUAUAGAUAAUACAUUUGAUGACGAAGAAAUUUUAAGAUUAACAGACUUAAAGCGUCAAGCAGUUGAUACCGAGGACUAUCUUCUUGCAGCAAAGAUAAAUUCACAAUUAAAGGCAUAUAAAGCCAAUAAAGCGGCAAUCGACGAAUUAAAUAAACAAAAGGAUGAAGCAGUUAAAGUACAAAACUAUACACUAGCCGAACGCCUUAAAAAUGAAAUUGCGAGACUCUCUAAUCAGCCAUUUGCUGAAGAACCUUUACCUCCUCCACAAAAUCUUCCAAAUUAUCAGCCAGAAAUACAUUACGAUCAAGAGCCAAUACCAAUAACUCGUAGAUCUUCCGCUCGCGAAUCUCAACAGUCAUACAUAAGUGAAAGAUCUCCACAGAUUCAGAGCUUCGACCAAGAACCUUCACAAGAACCAUCAAUGAUGACUGAUAACAGACCAAUACAUGCAAUGGAAGGUGAUCAGUACAGUAUUGCCGAAUCAACUCCACCUCGUCGUCGCUCAAAUCAAGGAAGAAGACAAAUGAGACAACAACCGCCAGAACUCCAAAAUUCAAGAGCAUUUGAUGACGAAAACAUGUCACAAGAAAUCCAAGUUGAGAAACUAACAGAACAGGCAGCUCUUGAAAGCCAAGAACUCAUAGAAGCUCUUGGAGAAGAGCCUCUUAGAUACUUCUACAGCAGAACUGUUUCAUCAAGAGUCAGAGGUUACGAAAUGGUCAGAGAUGGAAUAUUUAAUGCUCGUAGAAGACAAACACAACUUUUUGUUAGAUUCAUGGAUAUUAUACAAUUAGAAUCUAAUCCACAGUGUUUCUCAGCUGCUUUGAAUGUCAUCAAAGAACUCACAAGUAACUUAGAUUUAACAAGAGAUGCAAAGCACGUAAUAGAACGUUUUAUUCCGAAAAUUGUUGACAGAUUAAGUGCGAUGACAGCAACAAACAAAAGAGUUAAUACUGAAUGCCAGAAGUUCCUUAUAUGGGCAGCUUCAGAUAGAAUCAUUGGACCGGCUCCUGUUGUUGAAGCAACAGUAAAGAUGCCAAGACAAGGUCAAAACGCUCCAUCUUUGUCAAUGAGAUUAAUCGUUUUGGAUGAAAUCAUUAACAAAUAUGGAGAAUUUGACAUUGACAUGGUAAGUAUCGGUAAUUUCGCUGCCAAUUGCUUGGAUAAUUCACAAGCUGAUGUAAGGAAUAGAUCAAUGAAGAUUUUCGAGUCUUUGUUCAAUAUUGAAAGGAUGGAUGUAAUUGAUGCUCUCUUUAAGAGGGAUGGAAAGCUUAAUAUGCCGAAGCCAAUUAUGGAAAUGUAUAAUGCAAGAAGGAGACGCUAA